AUGGUGAGCAGAAUCCUUAAUAACAUCAACCCAAGGGUGGCGGGCUGUCUGAGAGGGACGGUGAAAUCUGUGGAACAGUUGGUGAAGGAUGCUGUCACCAUCUGUACAUUGGGCAGUGGCACAGCUUUCGGGGAGUCUAUUCUGGACAACACGCCACGCCACAUCGUCACCCGAGCGUUUAGUGAACUACUGCGGAUUGAGCAGAGGGAGUUCAGGAGCCUAUGUGAGAGGAGCCGUCGAUGUUCAGCGGAAGUUCUUGCACCAUUCCGUGUUGAUGUAAACACACAAGCCACCACCGCGAGAAUGCCCGACAAAGAGAAUCUGAACAACAAUUCCCCAGGAUCAUCGUCCAAACACUUCAAUAAGAUGGCAUCAGAGAAGAUCUUGCAGGCAGGUAAAGUAUUACGAAACACCAUCCUGUUCCAAGCACCUCACAUGUUCAGAGACAGGAAGUCCCACCUGAAAAAAUACAGGCAGUGCUGUAUAGGCACAGAGCUUGUUGAUUGGUUGUUGAAGCACACAUCCUGUGUUCACUCUCGUGUUCAGGCAGUUGGCAUGUGGCAGGUGCUGUUGGAGGAGGGAGUGUUAAACCAUGUUGACCAGGAGCUGACUUUCCAAGAUAAUAAUCUGUUCUAUUGCUUCCUGGAAGGCAAGAUGGAGGACUCUUCCCUCCCCAGUGUGGAUAAGAAGAAAGAGAGUGAUGAAGAGCUGCAGGACACCCUCCUCCUUCUCUCUCAGAUCGGACCUGACGCCCAUCUGCGAAUGAUCCUGCAGAAACAGUGCGUUCUGAGGACACUAGAUGAACUGGAGAUCAUUUAUGAGGAGCUGCUGCACAUUAAAGCCUUAUCUCAUCUUUCCACAACUGUGAAUAGGGAAUUAACUGGCAUUCUAAUAUUUGAGUCCCAUGCAAAAGCAGGCACAGUGUUGUUUAAUCAAGGAGAGGAGGGCACAAUGUGGUACAUCAUCCUGAAGGGCUCUGUUAACGUGGUGAUCUAUGGGAAGGGUGUAGUGUGCACACUUCAUGAGGGUGAUGACUUUGGAAAGCUGGCUCUGGUGAAUGAUGCUCCUCAGGCGGCAUCCAUUGUACUGAGGGAGGACAACUGUCACUUCCUGAGAGUGCAUAAAGAAGACUUCAACAGAAUCCUCAACGCACACUGCAGGGGAUCCAGGAAGAGUUCAGUGAUGUCGUUCAGCUGUAAAGAGUUUAAGAAUCUGAACUCGUUCUUUGCCAUUACCAUGGGCCUGGGAAACCCAGCUGUCUGCAGACUCAGUCAAACAUGGGAGAAACUGCCCAUCAAGUUCAAGAAGUUUUAUGGGGAGUUUGAAAAUAUGAUGGAUCCUUCCAGGAAUCACAGAGCAUAUCGACUAACAAUGGCCAAGUUAGAACCACCAAUCAUUCCUUUCAUGCCUUUAUUAAUUAAAGACAUGACUUACACACAUGAGUGUAACAAGACGUUUCUUGAAAGAUUGGUGAACUUUGAAAAAAUUAGAAUGAUUGCUAAUACAGUUAGAAUCGUGAGACACCACAGAAGCCAGCCUUUCAAUCAAGAAGCACCUCAGGUGGCCGGUAAGAACCAUCAGGAUGUGCAGAGGUAUGUGCGUCACAUAAGUGUGAUUGACAACCAGCGCACCUUAUCACAGCUCUCUCAUCAGCUGGAGCCGCACCGGACCUGA